GAGUAUUUCCUUCAGAUGAAUCUGUUAUGGAUUUUGUAGUUUCAGUAAUAACAGAUAUAAAUCAAUUAUUAAUCCUUUCAAAAUAUAUAACACCAGAAGUUGUUGCAAAAAGUUUAGAAUUAACAAAACAAGACAAAUCAAUUCUUUACAAUCUUUUAAUUGAAUUUAAUUUGGCAAAGUAUAUUCGAAUGAAGGCAAAAACUAAAGACAUUUUAAAUAAAAUCCCCUAUAAAUUACUUCCUUUUUAAA